AAAAUGUAUGGAAACCAAGCGUCUUUGUGUUUUAGUGUUUGCUCUCACUGAUCUUAAAAACAAUAUUAUGUUAUUGUUAAGAUCAGUGGUUUACACUUAACUCAAAUGGUUCUUCAAACAUUGUCUUAUUUUGGAGUUUGACAAAAACUUUGUCUGCUUUGCUGAGCUUUGAUAUAUUGAAUGAAUUAAAAAUGAAGAACACAAUGAUAAUCAUCUGGUUUAUUUUUACUCUUAUUAUUGCAAGAAAAUGUUUUGCUAUAAAAUCUUCAGCAGAGUUUUCAAAUUCUACUGAGUGGGAUUAUCUUAUGCUUGUUCAAAGAUGGCCAUUGGCAGUUUGUCAAAUUGUAAAUGCAUCAGGUCACCCUUGUGGAGUGCCUCCUCAAACAACAGGAUGGACAAUUCAUGGUUUGUGGCCAUCAAAUCGGAAUGGUCCUCCACCAUUUUAUUGCCAGGAUACAGUGUUUGAUAUGACCAAAAUAAUGGAUUUGAAAGAAGUUUUAAAUAUUAUCUGGCCAAAUUUUUAUUUAAAAGAAUCUGAAGAUAGUUUGUGGAAACAUGAAUAUGAGAAACAUGGCACUUGUGCUGCUUCUAAUCCAUAUUUUUCAACAGAACAUGAUUACUUUCAAAACACUUUAAAGCUUAAUGAAGUGUUCGAUGUUCAAAGAUUGUUAGAGAGAAAAGGUAUCUUCCCAACAGCUGAACCAUACAAAAAAUCGGUCAUUAUCAGUUCAAUAAAAGAGUCCUACCCAGUAAAUUCGUGUCCAGGUUGUGGAUAUGUAAAGGGUAUUGGCCAAGUACUGUCACAGAGCUAUAUAUGCUUUGAUAAACAAAUACAACUGGUUGACUGUCCAGAAUGCGAAAACGAGUGCAGCGACGAAGAGGGUAUUUUGUAUCAACCAUUACGUUGAUCAUAAGAUUUUGUUAUUAUUAUUAGGAUUUUUAUUUUUAUGUCUAAGUUUAUCAGGUUGUCAUAGUUAUUAUAAUUUUUUUAAGACUUUUUUUGGGCUCUUUCCUUUGGUCUUGAAGACAUAAAUAUCAUUUUUUGGAUUUUUAUGUCUUUAUGACUUCAAGAACUUAUUUUUAAGUCCAAAGUCCACAAUGAAUAACUUUUAAUUUGUUAAUUUUUGUUGCUGAGUUUUUUAGAAAUUUAAAAGCUUUUAUAACUCAAAAAAUUAUACUUGUUAACUUGUUAUUUUUUGAUCCUAAAAGUUUAUGGACAUCUAUAAAAUGUUAUUUUAAAUAACAACUUUAAAACUCCAAAAAUUAUUUUGUUAAAUUAUUCAAAACAACCAAACAGGUUUUUUUUUCAUUUUCAAUAUGUCCGAGUGAAAAGUGCGUGUGAAAGGCAUAACAAUUACUUCGAAAAUCUUUAUUAUAGUUUUUAACUUUUAUCAUUAAAUCUUAUCUUUUAUUAAACAGUGUAUUAAAUUGAUUGAAUAUUUUAUUUGUGAAAUAAUUAUAGUUAUGUAUUAAAGGAAUACAUUAAACAUAUUUUUAUGUAAAGCAUUUUAUACAAAUAUUCUGAAAAUAAACUUUAA